AAAAAAAUAAUGUGACCUUUAGAUCUUCGAAGCCACUUAAAAAAAUAGCCCUCUGCUCUAAAUAAAAAAAAAAGAGAACACUAUUGCCAUAAGACUUCUGUACGCGUAAUUUCUAGUUCUGUCUAAUUUCAUUAGAUAAAUUCCCCUCUUACUAUCAUUUUGAAGGUAUAAGAUGUAUAAUUCUUGCCUCACCUUAUACACGAAUGCGAAUUUGAAAUACUGACACGUUACUGUUCCUUAUAGCCUUAAUGCCGCUAAUCGACAUGAUCACGAGAGACUGGAUAAAAACGAAGAUAGAUACAGAGCGAAACGUUAUGCUGCGGCAAGCCAGAAUCAGUCGCUCAUUCUCCAUGUGCGGUGGGCUCAUGAUACUCUCAACAUUGAUAUUUGGCCUUAUUCUGCCGUGUUUCGGUCUAACACUCAGGCACGUGACGAACCUGACCGAUCCUGGGAAACCAUUGCCGAUACAAUCGUACUACUUACAUGACGUUUCCAAAAGUCCCCAGUUUGAGCUGACACUUCUGAUACAAGGAGUCGGGCUAACCCUAUCGGGUCUCACUUACACCGGGGUGGACACCUUCCUUGGACUGUUGAUCUUGCACAUAUGUGGCCAGAUGGAGAAUCUGCAUAUGCGAUUAACAAAUUUGGGAAAGGACACGAAUUACAAAGCGGCGGUGAAGAAAAAUGUUAACGAUCACGUCCGACUGAUCAGAUCCAUCCAAAUAAUUGAUAAAACUUUUCAUUUAAUGCUGCUUGGUCUGUUCUUUUUAUUUGGUAUACUGUUUUGCCUUCAUGGAUUUCUAAUAAUUAAUGUUGUUAAUCAAGACGGUCAUUUAUCAUAUACACAAUUGUGUGGGUUCCUCGCCGCAAGUCUAUGCGUUUUGUUGCACACAUGUCUCUAUUGUGCGGCCGGUGAAUUUCUCGUGACACAAUCUGAGAAAGUACAUGGAGCCACAUAUAAAUCCGUCUGGUAUACUAUCGAGCCGCAGAUGGCAAGGGACUUGGCAUUAAUCAUGCUACGUGCAAAUAAGCCACUCUACAUCACAGCAGGGAAAACGUUUCCUUUGACAAUGGCUACGUUUUGCAACUUAUUGAAAACAUCGGCAGGUUAUAUCUCCGUGUUACUCGCCAAUCGAGAUUGACGACAACGAAGUUAUUCCAAAGUUUAGCCGAUACUUUAGUAUGACAAUAUAGUGAAACUAAAAUUUUUUGAGGAUGACAUCAAAAGAUCUCAAGAUUAACUGUACCAAUCUCAAUAGGAAUGGUCAUGCAAUCGAAAGCUCGCACCGAUAUUACAUAAAAAAAAUACUGUUUUUAUCAUGACUUUAGUUUGUGAAUAUUUUAACCUAAAGUUUGAUUAACGUGAAAACUCCAGAUUUAUAAAUUAUCAAUAAUGACGCAACAUUUUCAUCACAUAGUCGUAUAGUCACACUAACCUGUCAUCGAUAUAAGAGUUCCUUUGUCUAAUUUAUACCGUUUGAUUUGUGGAAAUAAUAAAAUAAAGUAUU